CCCAACCCAACCGCACCCGUCGCCCCAACAAAACCUCCGAGCAGAUCACGACCUCCGCUAGCUUCGCCAUCCGCUUAACCACACCACCCUACCUUUCCUCACCUCUUACUCCUUCACCACUCCGCUAGCCUCAAGCUUGCUCUUCCUCCUCUCCCCCGCCCCCCAGAUCUCCGACGCUCCACAGAUCCUUCCCCCGAUCGCGUAUUGAUGGCCCUCCAUGCCGGUUUCUAGAUGAUCCAUCGGCCCUGAAUUCUACCAUCUACCUCUCUCGUGAUGGAUGUCGUGGGGAUGGAGCUUGCUGCGGCGAGGCAUGGAUGCAAGGUCUGCGGGAAGUGCUUCUCGAGCGGCCGGUCGCUCGGCGGGCACAUGCGGUCGCACCUCCCGCUCGGCGAGGCGGCGGCGGCGGAGGGUGACGCCGCCGACGAGCUGGUGCGCGCUUCGGCGAACGGUGGGCGGAGCUCCGACGGCGUGGUUGGGUACGGGCUGAGGGAGAAUCCCAGGAAGACGCGGCGGCUGUCCGACUUCGCUGACGACGACGACGAGGAGGGCGGCGGCGAUGGUGGUGGUGAUGGGGAUGGCCAGCGCAAGGCGUGCCGGGAGUGCGGGAAGCUGUUCUCGUCGUGGAGGUCGCUGUUCGGGCACAUGCGGAGCCAUGCGUCCGGCGGGAGGGAUCGCGACGAGGAGGAGGACGUGGACGUGGAAGGGGAAUUGGUUCCGGAGGAGGCGGAAGCAGAGGAAGCAGAGAUGGCAGUGGCGACGGUGGAGGCGCCUGUUCUGGCGCCGGCGGCCGUGACGGCGCUGGCAGCGGCACCUAGGCGGAGGCGCCGAUCGAUGCGCGUGGCGGCUCCGCCCCCCGCCGCGCCGCCGCCGGUGCCGUGCGGGUUCGAGAAGGAGCCGGAGGACGUCGCGCUCUGCCUCCUGAUGCUCUCGCGCGACACCGGCGUGCGGAGCUCGGCGGUCAGGGAGGAGCCCUUCGAGAGCGCGAAGAAGCGGGCGGGCCUCCCGAGAAGCGGCUACGCUCGCAAUUCCGACGACGACGCCAAGAUCAAGGGCCGCGUCCCCAAGGGCAGGAAGCGGAGCUCGCUGAAGCAGCAGCUCGACGCCGUGGCCCCGAAGCGGACCCGGUACGAAUGCCCCGGGUGCGGCAAGGUGUUCAGCUCGUACCAGGCGCUCGGUGGCCACCGCGCGAGCCACAAGCGAAUCAACACCAGCUGCAGCGCCCCCAAGGUCGCUCCCACCGCCGCCGCGUCCCCCGCACCGGAGCCGAGCUCCGAGACGUACGCGUCGUUCAGCACCCUGUCCCCGUCGGCGUCGCCGGACUCGGUGGCCAUCGGUUUUGGCAAGCUCAAUGCUCAGGCGGCGGCCGAGGCGGCCGUGGUGUUCUCGUCGGGGAAGGCGCCCAGCGGGCACAAGCUGUCGCACACGAUGCCCGCCGACGGUGGCGAGCUCUACGCCGGCGGGGCGGACCAGGAGCAGGAGCAGCAUUCGCCGGCCGCGGUCGGGUUCCUUGAUCUCAACUUCCCGCCGGCUCCACCGGAGGAGGCAUGAAGCUCGGCCCCGCUGGCCGCUGUACUGAACCAAGUUUGAUCCGCAUAUCAAGGUGAUCAAUGGUGAGGAUAUGUACAGAUUCAAAUUCAAUUCAUUUUUUCCAAGCUUCAGGGAAUCUCGGAGGAGGAAGAUUAAGAAGAGGUCGAGUUUUAUUUCAAAUUCCUUUAGCAUUUAUGUUCUUCAGGCUAUUAGACCAAUAAGCUACGAUGAUCUGAGCUCACAGUAGCUGGGCUGGUUCGGUUAGCGGUUGCUAAGAUUAGCUCGGAAGGCGUUGCUGUUUACUUGGUCGGUGUGUUAUUUUUAACUUGGCGCAUAUGCUUGCUGAAGUUAGCUAACAAUCCCCCGUGAUUUUCUCGGUCAA